AUGGCAAUCCAUAUAGCGCCGGCGCAAUUCCCCCAAGAUGCCGAAUCUAUCCUGUCCUUGUUUUCUGGCUACGCAACAUCACUCGGUAUCGACCUCACAUUUCAAUCAUUCCAAGAGGAGCUUGAUUCCCUCCCUGGAAAAUAUGACGAAUCCCAAGGAGGCGCUCUUUUGAUAGCAAAACGAGAGACUAUUGACCAAAAUGGAAACACUCGACGCGACUCAACAAUUCCCCCUCUUGCCCCGCAGACCCAUAUUGCGCUUGGAUGUGUAGCGCUGCGUCGCAGCUCCGAUGGUUGGUGUGAGAUGAAACGCCUUUACGUUCUUAAAGAAGCCCGUGGAGAGCGUUUAGGGGAUCGACUUGUCGAAUCUAUCCUUGCACAAGCCAGAGCAUUGGGAUACCGAGGGAUUCGCUUGGAUACACUGCCCGAAAUGACCGCAGCGCAAAGGCUAUAUCGCAAACAUGGCUUUGUGGAUAUCGCACCAUACUAUGAAACCCCGAUUCAACGGACAGUAUUCAUGUGUUGUGAGUUUUUGCAUCCAUAA